AAUUGUUAUCUGCCUGAAUCAGUAACAUCUGUAACUCCAGGGCAGUCUGAGUGGGAAUAGUUAGAGGGUUAGACACAUUUCCUGCAUUUAUGGCUCUUCCUUCUAAAGAUGUUUAAAGGAAAUUACACCUAAUGUGUUCGGCUCUUUAAACUGCCUCAUGCUUGUAUAUGUAGCCAAUAUAAAGAACUCUACUGGUGUUUUAACCUUCCAAGCACGAGGACGAGUCUGCAGGGAGAAACAGCAAAUCUUCUGCCAGAAAGAAACAGACUGGAUAUGCUCGGAUAUACAUAAUGCCAUCUAAACCACCCAGUGCCAAAGGGACUUUUCAGUGAGACAUACUGAAUGGAACUUACAUCAAUGCAAACUCAACAUAUACCUGAAGAUAUUCUGCAAUUGAGUAAUAAAAUUUAAGUAUAAACUAUAGUUAUAAAGCAAAAUUGUAUAUGGAUUGCAUUUAUGCAUCUUAACAGACCCUUAAAUAUCAAUUAUAUUGUUAAAAUAUGGGUACUUGUUGCUACUUUUUGAAGAUCUUCCUACUUGUUUACAUUCCAUUGUAUGGUUUUGUAAAAGCUUCAACGCUGAUCAUAAGAAAUACAGACAUAAAGGUUGGAAGAGGACAACAUGUUUAUAUUAGUGAGAAUGAAUUACUCUUCAACUUACCCCAUAAUAAAAACACAUGCAAAGUUGAAGUUGUUCUGAGUGAGCCAACAACACAAAUAGUGGGAAGACUUUCUCCACAGGUAUUUGAUUGCCACUUUUUGUCAGAGGAAAUCAAAUAUUCUCACAAUGGCUCACCAUUGCUGGCUGAGGAUUCUGUCAUGCUCAGAAUUUACAGGUUUUCUGAAUUAGAGACAAUUGUAGAAAAUGUUCUGAUUAAAAUACACAUCACUGAUCCAGUGGGUGGCAUUGUUCAUCUUGGGCCUGAAUCUUUAGAAGUCCCUGAGUUUUAUGGAAUAUCAACUAAACCAGUGGAUAAAAAUAUAUUGACAUUCAAACCUUUCUGGGAAAAGCCAGGGACAAGCUGUGUGGUCCGAACACUCUUGUCUGAAGUACUGCUUCCCGCUCACGGCCAGGUUGUCAUCGAGGAUACAAGAAGCGCUGGUACAGAUGUGCGUGGGCCUUCACUCCCACACAGAGUGAGAAAUUACAGGCAAGAAAAAAUGCCAUGCCUGGGUAACAAGGCAUGCUAUCCCAGACUGAAGGAAAUGAGACUUAUAAAAGCCAACUGCAAAGACUUUAUGGAAAUGGGAGUAAAGUAUCAGCAUCUUAGCCCUCCAUCACCUAACACUGAUUACAUUCCACUUCAAGUAGCAUUACAGGGAGGUGAGAACCGAAAACAAUUACAGACACAGAAUAUUUGGAUUCCUGUAGUAAUCGCAGGUGCUAUUCCAAACACUCCUCCUCGAGCAGCAUUUAUGCCCAUGUUUAUACUGGAAGUGGACCAGUUUAUUCUUACCCCAAUCACCACAGCAACUGUAGAUGCAGAAGAUGAUGAAACACCAAAAAACAAGCUGGUAUUCAAAAUAAGCAAGCCGCCACCAGCAGGAUAUAUAACACAUGUUGAUGACCACACCAAAGCUGUUACGUCUUUUACAUGGCAGGAUCUGCAUGAUAUGAAAAUUGCUUACCAACCACCCGGUACUUCACAUAAUGAGAGACAGAAUUAUGAGGUUGAAUUUCAAGCAAUAGACAGUUUUUUCUUGGUCAGUGCUCCAAUAAUGGUCCAUAUCUCAAUCAGGACAUCAGAAACAAAUGCUCCCAGGGUAGCAUGGAACAUGGGUCUGAACUUAUUGGAAGGACAGUCCCGUCCUAUCUCAUGGGAAGUUUUUCAGAUAGUAGACAAUGAUAAUCUUCAUGCAGUGCGCCUUGUCACUGUGGAUGGUUUGCUUCAUGGACGCCUUACAAUUAGAGGUCUCAAAGCAUUUGUAUUUACUGUAAAGGAUAUCAAAGAUGAAGUUGUUCGUUACCAUCAUGAUGACAGUGACACUACCAAGGAUUACAUUGUUUUUAGAAUUUUUGAUGGAAAGCACAGUAUUCGGCAUAAGUUUCCAAUAAAUAUUCUUCCUAAGGAUGACAGCCCACCAUUUCUAGUGAACAACAUUGGUUUUGAAUUAGUAGAAGGGGCAACCAUCCUUAUUGAGGGGCACAUGUUAAUGGCUUCUGAUCUUGAUUCAAGUGAUGAUUAUAUUCUAUACAAUAUCACAAAGCCACCAAAAGCUGGAGAGCUGGUAAAGAAAUUUUCCACAGAAAGCUCAGGUAUCCCAAUUUCAACUUAUUUGCAGAGGGAUCUGUUCCGUGGUCUCAUUUAUUACAAACAUUUUGGUGGGGAGGUCUUUCAAGACUCCUUUGAAUUUGUCUUGUCUGAUAGUCAUGAUCCUCCAAACUAUUCUGAAGAACAAAUUGUGACAAUUCAUGUUACUCCAGUCAAAGACCAACUUCCCAAAGAAGCAGAAGGAACAAGACGGCAUCUUGUGGUAAAGGAAACUGAGAUUACCAGAAUAACAAAGGAACAUUUGCAUUUUAUAGACACUGAAAGUCCUGACAAUCAUCUCAUUUAUACUGUAACCAAGGCAUGUUUUGCACCAGAGAAUCCACGCCUUCUUGAUGCAGGAAGACUUAUUUUUGUUGAUACCACAAAUACUCUAGAAAAGGACCCAUCUAUCCCUACCCUAAACUCUUUCAGUCAGCAUGCAGUCACUCAUCUAAAAGCUGCCUAUAUGCCACCACAGAGAGAUAUUGGGCCUGCUCCAAUACUUGUACAGUUUGCAUUUUCUGUAAAUGACCAACAUGGAGGACAGCUGUCUGGACUAAACUUUAAUAUCACAGUAAUGCCAGUGGAUGACAAACCUCCCGAGAUUUUCACAAAUGCUAUAAAGGCAGAGGAAGGUUCAAGUUGUUUUAUUACUGGAGAGAAUUUGCAAAUUGCCGAUAUAGACACAAAAAUAGAGCAUCUGAAAAUUGUACUAAAAACACGUCCACUGCAUGGGAGUGUAGAGGUUCAUGGUGUUGCCAUGUCAGAAGGAGAUGUUUUUAGCAUGGAAGAGCUGACUUCCUUUAAAGUCAGGUAUCAGCAUGAUGAUUCGGAAUCAUUUGAAGAUACAGUUGCCUUUACAGUAACAGAUGGAUAUAACACUGCAGAUGGAGUGCUGAAAGUGCAGAUAAUGCCAGUGAAUGAUGAGCCUCCAGAGCUGAAGGAAGGACUUAAAACUUACAUUAAGUGUCAAGAAGGAAGCUCUGUUACCAUAACCAGUGAGAACCUCUAUGCCAAUGAUCCUGACAGUGAAGACACAAAACUUACAUAUAUUAUUGCUCGUAUUCCAAUGUUUGGAUUGAUACAGAGAGGAGGUGUCAUGGUGGAAAAAUUCACACAGCUUGAUAUUACUCAAGGAUUAAUCUCUUACAUACAUACUGGUGGUGAGAUUGGCCCAAGUCCUUGUAUGGACACAGUUACAUUGAUUGUCUCUGAUGGUGAAGCUGGAGCUGCUGGCACCUGCUGUUCUGUAGAUUCUCUCCCCCCACCAGUUCCAUUACAUUCCAGCCUUCCUGUCUAUGAUCUAAAUAUCACUGUCACACCUAUUAAUAAUCAGCAACCCGUUUUAUAUAUUGGGGAAUUGUUCACUGUUUAUGAGGGAUCAUCAUCUGCUAUUAAUUUAAACUAUCUAAACGCAUCUGACAAAGACACAUUUUUGGAAGAGUUAUAUUUUAAUAUAGAGACACAACCAAAGUAUGGGUACCUUGAGAGCACGGUACCACUGGAUGGCUCAGAAAAGGCUACAUCCAACAAAAACAUAAGUUUCUUCAGUCUCUGGAAUGUAAGUUCUGGAUAUAUCAGAUAUGUCCAGUCACAGCAUGAACACAAAGAGCCCACAGCAGAUGUCUUCAAGGUUUCUGUCAGUGAUGGUGUUCAGAAAUCAAUGCCAAUGCCUUUCUACAUUCUUAUUAAGCCAACAAAUGAUGAGAUGCCUCAAUUACAUGUCAAGAAUAUUACGAUAAUUGAAGGUGGAAUUUGUGAGAUUGGUCCAGGAACACUAAAUGCAGCUGAUCUGGAUAUCCCUCCUGAUGUACUGCAGUUCUCCAUAGUAAUCGCUCCAUCUCAUGGGCUAAUAUUAAAUGGGGAGUAUGGAAGAAAUAUCAGUCAGUUUAAACACCUGAGUCCUACUGCACUUCACAAAGACCUACAAAUUCGCAGCUUUACCCUGGAUGAACUGAAGCAAGGAAUGGAGCUUGUGUACUUGCAUGAUGACACAGACACUCUACAUGAUAGCUUUGCCAUACAGCUGACAGAUGGCAAGCACACAGUCCAAGAGACACUUCACAUCUAUAUCAUGCCACUGAAUGAUGAAAGACCACAUCUUAUCAGAAAUGCUGGUUUAGAAGUUGAAGUAGCUGAAAAUAAAGUUAUAUCCAGUGUGGUGUUGGAAGCAGAAGAUAAAGAUUCUCCCAGGAAUGACAUUCAUUACAUCAUCAACAAUGCACCAAGUUUUGGAGAUCUUAAAUUGAAGGUGGCUUCUUCUUGGAUCACACUUUACCCUGGAAUGAAUUUUACACAAGAAGAUGUGGACAUGAACCAUGUCUGGUACUUUCAUUCAGUAAUCCUUGGAUGCAAAGGGCAUGAUAGCUUCCGCUUUAUUGUAACAGAUGGAGAGCACACAUCAGCGUCAGAAAUCUUCUACAUAUCAGUUAAAAAUCUUGAGAAAGGUGACAUUGUACUAUUCACCAGACCUGUAACUUUAACAGAGGGUGACAGGGUGACCUUGGUGACAGAUGUUCUUAUGGCAACAGAUGGCACUGGCAAACCAGAGAAGCUGCUGUAUGCCGUCUCUGUGCCACCUGUGCACGGUCAGAUUGAGUACAUCAAUUAUCCCGGCGUGCCCAUUUCCAGUUUCAGCCAGUUGGAUGUUGCGGCCCAGAAGGUUUGCUAUGUUCAUGACAAUAGCCACGAGACUAGUAAGGAUUUAUUCAGUUUCACAGUAAGUAAUGGUCUAACAGCAAAAGAUGGCUCUCUGGAGCUUGUCAUUAUACAAACAGAUCGAAUUCCACCAUCUAUAGUCAACAACAAGGCUGUCAGCAUACCAGAAGGAGGAAUAGUGGUUAUUUCUUCUAGUAACCUACAGCUCAUAGAUCCAGACAGUUCAAUGGACAAACUAACAUAUACUGUGACUGAAUAUCCACAUCAUGGACAGCUGUACUUAAAAGGACAUCCCCUCCAGCAGAGUCACUUCUCUCAGACUGAUAUAAACAACAUGCAUCUAUCCUACAGACAUUAUGGAGGGGCUGCAGAGUUGGACCGGUUUUCAUUUGUUGCUACGGACAACACCAAUCAAGGUUUUCUGGUUGAUGGUCAAAUGAGAAGAGAUUCUGUGGCCUUUAUUAUCCAGAUAGAGCACCUGGAUAAAUUACCCCCCAAGCUACUUAUCAAGGAGAUCCCAUCUUUAGUCGAGAAUUCAAAAGAUGGAAGAGCAAUGAUCUAUAUUACAGCCAGGAACUUGAAAGCAACAGAUUCUGAUAGCAAAGAUGAAGACCUUAAAUUUGUAAUCCUGAGAUCACCAUAUUUUGGGCAUUUAGAAAACGCUAACACAGGUGGAUUUGUGGGGACUACAUUUACUCAAAGGGAGAUAAAUCAGAGAGCUAUUCGGUACAUCAUAAAUCCUUCUGUUGAAGUGAAUUCCGACAGCUUUGAAUUUAAAAUCUCUGAUCCAGCAGGAAAUGAAUUUUUUUCUGAAAUAUUUGACCUGAAAUGGUCUAUUAUACAAUUGUCCCAGCCCCACUACCGCACAUGCGAAAAUGUUGGGACAUUCAGUGUGAAGUUGAUUCGAACUGGAAGCAGUAAAGAUCCAGCAUUUGUUGGCAUAAAGGUGAAUGAAGUCUCUGCAAGAGCUGGGUUGGAUUUUACCCACAGCAGCGCAAAUCUUGUACAGUUUGAUCCAGGAGUUUCUACAAAACACUGGAAUAUACACAUAAAAAAUGAUGGCUUGGAAGAAAACCAUGAAGUACUUAAAAUCAUCUUAAAAACACCAAGGAAUGCUGUACUUGGAAAAAUCCAUGAAGCAACUAUAGAGAUCAUCGAUCUAAGAGCAGGACAGUGCAGUCUGCAGGACUCAAAAUCAAGCGGCUUGAAGUGGAGUUCAGAAAAUACUGGGCUUUCUUUGAGGCAACUGACUGUAAAUGAACGAAUAGCAGCAACCAGCCAUAUAUUACUUUCCAACAUAGAAAGGGGGCCUUAUAGAGGGCCUCUUGUGCAGGCAGGAGCAGUCGUUGACAUGGAUCUACCUUCUCAGCAUGCAGGACAACAGCCGCAGCCCUUUCAAAGCAGCAUACUCUACCAUGGAAUUAGUUCUGUAAAAAGUCCAGUGCAGAACAGCAGAAGAACUUCAGUGCGGUUUGCAAGUGCCCCACCUGUGCCCUUGGGAAGAAGACAAGACUUUCCUCAAGGAGAUUCAGCCUUUAGCACACACCAUUUACCAGCAAAUGCAACAAAACAGGAUAACAAGUCAGAAAAAUGCCCAGUGGGAUGGACACUUCAUGAUAAGCACUGCUAUUAUAUAAAUUUAAUGCAAAAUACAACUUGGGAAGAGGCAGAAAGGACCUGUGUACAAAAACAUAGUCACUUAACAAGUGUGCACUCAGAGGCCGAAAUGAAAUGGCUUUGGAAAUUUGCGGAAAAAGAGCCAUUUUGGAUUGGACUGAUGUCAACUGCAGAAGGCUGGCUGUGGAGCAAUGGAAGACCACUGACCUUCAGUCACCUAAAAGGAGUAGGCCGGUCAAAUAAGGCAACAAGUAGAAAAUGUGUCUUUGUUUCAAAGAAGAAAGAGUGGGUAGCCAGAAGAUGUGAUUUGGGGCAGAAAGGGAGAUCUAUCUGUUCUCUUCCUCUUUUGAACAUGAGUGAUUUGUCCUCACACAAAUUGGGAAAUAAAUGAUUGCUACAUUUAACCUCUCAGAAUAAUAAAGCCAGGGUUUACGGAUACAUUAUAUUUUAUGGCUCAGGGGCAGUAUCCUUAAAAUGCACUGCGCUUGCAUCUAAUGCAUUAGUUCCAAAGGCUAAGACUCUGCCAGGAAAAAAAAUGUUAUGCUAUUUUUAUGAUUACACCACAAAAAUCAAAAUGAGAAGUCUGAAAUGAUCCAUAUCUCUGCCAACUGCUUAGUUACAUUAAGCACUUAAUCAGUCUGAAUUUUAAAAUGGGUGUAUCUUAGAUACUAAACUGCUGCUUGACAUAGAGUACAGUUAUUUCCACUUACUGAAAAACAAAAAACUGCAUGUGUGAGUUCAUUCACACUACAUAUAACGUUAAAACAUCACUAGAAUCAUUACUCCAUGUUCAGCAAAGCAGAAAUAAAAGAUUUGCCAAAGCUUAAUGGGGUAAUGUAACAAAGACAUUUUAAAGGGGACCUGUCACCCUAAGAAAUAAUUACAAAUUGUUUUCUAUUGUGUUUGUCAAGCAAAAUAAACUUCAAUUACACUAUA